GGCUACUGCCCGCAAAUUUCCUGCGUCAGACCUUCAUAGCUCGCACUCGCCCACUAUUGCUCCUUCCAUUCUGCAGCUCAAGACCAACUGCCACUGCUACCAUGGCUUCUCCAUCACCUACUCACUCAGCUUCACCACCACCUAAUCCCUUAGCCAAUCGUCGCGAUGCACGAUUUGUAGCGACAUUCGAACCCACCGAGUGGGAAGAAUUGUACUUCCCCGGAAUGCUCCAUCCCGUGGACUUGGGUGACACUUUUCUGGACGGCAAGUACAGGGUCAUUCGUAAACUGGGCGACGGAAGUUCUUCGACCGUGUGGUUAGCAGUCAGCUCAGGAUACCCAAAGUAUGUCGUCUUGAAAGUGUUAAGGGCCGAUGCUCCUCUCGAUGUUACGAAGACUACUGUCAUGCAGCAUCUCUUAACCGCUGGACGUGAGGAUCCUGGUCUGCAGUAUAUUAGGAAGCAGUUGGAAAGUUUUAUUCACUCGGGUCCAAACGGAACUCACCAAUGCUAUGUCUCAGAGGUUAUGGGCGCGUCAGCUGAUACCAUGAAGCGGGACAUGGUCGAGAAUCGAGGGAAAAACGAUCGACGGCUCCCGGUCUGGAUGGUCAAGAAGCUGCUGCUUCACAGUCUGCAUGCUCUGGCCUUCAUGCACCGACACGGCGUGGUGCAAGCUGACUUCCAGCCCGAAAAUCUCUUGUUUGAGCUUGAGAGUAUUGAGGGCUUGGAUGAAGAGGAACUGAAGCAAGACGUAUCCGGUACAGAACCAAGUGCCUUGAACACACACAUACCCCUGGAGAGAAUAGAUGGCAAGGUUGAUCUGUGGGCACCCAAAACGCUCUACCACGGACAGUCUCUGCACGAACGCGUACCACGUAAUGCGGACCUCCGCGUCAAGCUUUCAGACUUUGAAGGAUCAUUUUUCGAAUCUGACCCCCCACCCGAGCCUGCUGUGUGUAUCGGUCUUCGCGCACCCGAGCUGAUCCUUGAGCGGCCCUUCACCAACAGCAUCGACAUUUGGUCUUUUGGAUGUCUCAUCUACGAGUUUCUCGCCAACGAAACGUUGUUUUUCUUGAUAUCGUGGGGCAUGAAAGUCCCGUCUGAGGACGAUAAACAUCUGUGUUUGCUCAAUGACACUAUCCAGCGUCUGCCUGAGGACAUCAUGAAAGAUUGGCCGCGCGCCAGUGAGCAUUACGAUGCUGACCACAAGUAUAUCGGGAAGCCUACUCGUACCCCGAAUAAAGUUCUCGAGGUUCGCUUCGCUGAGCGGAGGCACCCUGAUAUUGGCGAUGAGGAGGCAGCUGUCAUCUGUCAGCUUAUUCGGAAGAUCUUGGUGUAUGAUCCGGAUGAGCGACCUUCAGCAGAGGAGCUGCUCAAGCACCCUUGGUUCUCGGAGUGAACCCGCAUACUCAUCAAGACCUGGCCAACUUAGAAUCACGGGUUUGAUCCUGCAUCUAGCGAGGCGUUUCGUGUUGGAGUAACUCGAUCUGGUAUCGGGAGUGCUCAGAUGCCCAAGUGGCAUCUCGCUGUAUUAUUGUAGCACAAUCUCUUCACUCUGAUGACUGUAACAUAACCUCUCCACUCAGAUGGAAACCCU